AGUGAUUUUUUCCAGCUCUAAUAGUUUAAUAAAUAAAAAACACAAUUAGUUUAAGAUUUUGUAAUUUUUUUGCUAAUACAUUCUUAUUAUACUAAUAACAAACAUGUUUUUACCGUCAAUGACAACCAUAUUGGGCGUGGCAUUUGCGGCUUACAUAGUACAUUCCAUAUGGAUGAUGGCCCAGUUGUUUACGGCAUUAAAAUGCUCGGACAAACCAUGUUAUUCGUCGUUUCUCAAUGAGAAUCCCCGGAUGCAGUUAGCGCUAUUUACGUCCAUUAAUCCCAACCCCAUAACAACAGAAGUAUCAAAAGUUUUCAGUACUAAGAAUUUUGACUAUUUGAAUCCAUUUACAAAUGAAUUCCGAGUUGAUGUACCAUUGAAAACUCGUCGAAACGGAAGUCUUUAUUUUCAGGUGGUUUUGGCACUGGAAGGUGAACCACUGGAGUGGAAAACUCUAAGAAGAGAUGGACCUACUGUUAUCCAUACCACACGAUUGACAGAGUUUAUUACUCCACGAGCAGAGACUUUUAAUUUACUGGGUGAUAACAAUAACGAUAGUAAUAAAGGGUCUAAAAUACCUGGCAUAAAUAACAAUAAAGCUCGAACAGUAAAGCCUGUUACUCACAUCAUGUCUCAAGUUCAUAUCAGUUUGCUCACCGAUAAGAUUUCUUUAUCAAAAGCAGAUGUUCCUCCAGAGAUGGCAAAAUUAAUACAGAUCAAUCGCCACCAACAGAUAAUGCCAAUUUUAAAGACUGAUUUUUUCAACACGCGUAUAAAAAAUUUAGUGCAAAUAAAAAGGAAUACAACAGAGUUCAAUAUAACAUUUUAUUAUAAGCCUGUUGGUAUUGGGAAACUUCGGUUAAUGAUUAUGGUCGAACACGCUAUGCAAAUGAUGGAAACUAUAGGCUUUUCAAUGAAAGAUAUUGACGAAGUUAAAGGCAUGUUUUCCGACACGAACGUAUAUCUCUUAUGCGGGACCAUAUUUGUCGCAAGUGUGCAUAUUCUAUUUGAUUUUCUUUCAUUCAAAAAUGAUGUAUCAUUCUGGCGGAAGAAAAAAUCUUAUGAGGGUCUUUCAACGCGUACAACGCUUUGGCGAGCAUUUUCCCAAAUUGUGAUAUUCAUGUAUUUAUUGGACGAGAACACAUCGUUGCUGGUGUUGAUUCCUGCCGGCCUUGGUGUGCUUAUAGAAUUAUGGAAAUGCAAGAAAAUUUUAAAAAUAGAUAUAGGCAUUCAAGGUAUACAAAAGAGUCAACCAAGAGAUAAAAAUUCAAAUGAAAACGCUGAAAAGAGAACCGAAGAAUUUGAUCGCCAAGGAAUGAAGUACUUGAGUUAUUUAUUAUAUCCGUUAUGUUUAGCGGGGGCUGUAUAUUCGCUGCUUUAUCAACCUCACAAAAGUUGGUACUCUUGGACACUUAAUUCUCUUGUUAAUGGAGUAUACGCAUUUGGUUUCCUAUUUAUGUUACCUCAACUAUUUGUUAAUUAUAAAUUGAAAUCUGUGGCAGCAUUACCAUGGAGAGCUUUUAUGUAUAAAGCAUUCAAUACGUUCAUAGACGAUUUUUUCGCUUUCAUAAUUACUAUGCCUAUUGCCCAUCGAGUAGCUUGUUUACGGGAUGAUAUUGUGUUUCUUAUUUAUUUAUACCAGCGUUGGCUCUAUCCGGUGGAUAAAAGUAGGUUGGACACGGGAAUUGCAGUAGAAGACAAUAUUGAGACUGACGAAACCACGCAAUAUUCAAUGCAUUCAGAUAAAAAGAAAAAUUAAUUUAGUCUGUUGUAUAAAAACUACAAUAAAAUAUC